AUGGGUGUAGCACACAAGGUGUGUACUUUUGGGAUUUUGAAAAUCCCUUGGGAUUUGUGGGAAUUUUUAAAGAUUUUGGGGGAUUAUUAGAGAUUUUUUGGGAUUAUUAGGGAUUUAGGGGAAUUUUACAUGGAUUUUGAGGGGGUUUCAUUGGGGGAUAUUCAAGGAUUUUCAGGUAUUUUUUUAGUGGUACACCCUUCGGUAUUAUCAGCUGUGAACUAUUCUUCCUGGAGUUCCAGCAGUUCCAAUUAGAGUCAUCUUUUUUUGAUACAGUGUUACUACAAGAGGAAACCUAAACUAAACUUAUACUGGAUAUCUGUAUCAGUUUUAAACUGUUCUUCAAAGAGGUCCAUUCUCUUAGUAUUGGUAUACUGGAUAUCUCUAUCAGUAUACCAAUAUACAUACAUAUAUAUUAAGAUAUCCAGUGUAGAUAUAUAUAGUCUUAAUCUAUACUGGAUAUCCGUAUCAGUUUUAAACUGUUCUCCAAAGAGGUCCAUUCAUUUAGUAUCGGUCCGAUGUUACUACAGAAGACAACCCAAACUAAACUAUAAUUGGCAACCUCGUAUUACCUGGAAACAAUCUUCGUUGGGAACACUCUUCACUUAUGAUCGAUGUGAAUUUUAUCAAAUCUCGGUCACAAAAGUGAAAAUUACGAAUUCUCAUUGCAAGUACCAAAGUACCCGCUAAAAUAUUGUACCUUGUUUCUUUUAGGAAGCAUGCGCAGUUGGUAUGGAACAUGCUAUUGAUAAAGAUGACAGUGUGAUCACAGCGUACCGAUGUCAUGGCUGGACUUACAUGAGAGGAAAGAGUGCAUUGGAAGUUCUCGCUGAAUUGACUGGUAAAUAUAUUAAGCUAAAUUAACUUUAUCAAUACUGAAUAGCUCUAUCAGGUCUAUUCAUAGCCUAUCGAAGGGAAGAUGGCUGUGAAACUCAUUAGAAUAACAAUAUAACUCAUUAUCUAUGUUAGUCAACGUUUAUUCAUAAAUCUGGUCCUUCGCCGUCACGUGCGUAUUGUAUUUUUGCCAAAUCCACCAAUAGAAAUUUCCAAUUUACCCUAUUGUUCGGGUCAUAGGCAACUUUCCUAAAACAUUGCUAUUGAUUAGUUGGGCAAAAAUACACUACGCACGUGAAUGUGAACGACCAGAUUUAUGAAUAAACGUUGAUUAACAUAGAUAAUGAGUUAUAACUCAAGUACCACUGGACCUUUCCUGGACUUCUAAGGAGAAUAGUUUGAUAGACCAUAGCCUAUCGAAAGCAUGAUGGCUGUGAAACUUAUUAGAAUAACAAUAUAUAGAGAAUAAUACAUGGUGCGCGGGAAUACCAGAUUUAUUUCGAGUGUUGAACAUGGUAUCUCACGAGUGAGCGCAGCGAACGAGUGAGAUAUCAUGUUCAACACGAGAAAUAAAUCUAGUAUUUCCUUGCAAGCAACCAUGUAUUUUUCUGUUUAUUAUAUAAACAAAAUUCAGUGAAAAACAAUAAAACGUCCGUGGCAAUGCGUUUUACAACAAAUGAUAUUUUCACACGUAAAAAUAUCGUAUUUUUUACGUGUGUUUAAGUACGAUUUUUCUCAGUGGCCAAAAACUCUAUAUAACACUUAUGUUUAUAUAAUAAAUUUAACAAAUUAUAAUGAGUUUCACAGCCAUCAUGCCUUCGAUAGGCUAUGGUCUAUCAAAUUGUUCUCCUUAGAGGUCCAGUAAUGGUCCAGUGCAGGUACUUCAGGAGGAAACCUCAGCUAAAUUAACUUCCUUGUGUGUAGGAUAGCUCUAUCAUCGACACUAUUCCUAAGUUACCAUCCAUCGUUCCAGUAUUUCUACAAGAAGAAACCUAAACUAAACUGACUUAUUUAAUCUGGAUAGUUCUAAAACAAUAACGAUUGAUACAACGGGUGGAAAGCGUAAUUUAAAAAUGAAAAUUAAAGCCCAGGAAAUGACUUUCAGACAAGACAUAACAAAAAUAUAUAAUUUAUUGGCUAGUAUUGUUUACAACCUCUUCAGAGCAAAUUGCUCUGAAGAUGUUGUGAACAAUACAACGAAACGUUAGCCAAUAAAUUUUAUAUUUUUGUUAUGUCUUCUCUGAAAGUCAUUUGCUGGAUAGUUCUAUCAGUUCUAAACUGUUCUCUGUAGAGUUCCAGUUAAUGCCAUCCCAUAUUGAUAGGGAAGCGGAAUACUGGAUGCAAUAAUUUACCCCAGCUGGACCUCAUCACAUGCAACUGGGGCGAAAUUAGAAUGAGACAAUGGGCAAUUCCAGCUGUAGACUAAAUUUUGAUCUAGGCAAGAAGAACAAAAUCCAUCACCUCAGCUAGAAAGAGCAUGCAUGUUAAAAUUAGUAAAUUUACAAAGUUUGGUUGCGAAAUGUAAAAUGAGGAAAAUAUAGCCCUGCGAAAUUUGCAAAUUUUGUAUUAAUUUGUAUUACGAACGGGACUUUGCACCACUUUCCACCCAAAUGUGGUGCAUUUUCCCGUGCGUAAUACAAAUGAAUACAAAAUUUGCAAAUUUCAUAGGGCUAUAUUUUCCUCAUUUUACAACAACAUUUCGCAACCAAACUUUGCAAUUUUACUCAUUUUAACAUGCUCUUUCUAGCUGUGGUGAUGAAUUUUGUCCUUCUUGCCUAGAUCAAAAUUUAGCCUAUAGCUAGAAUUACCCAUUGCAUGCUGGUAGACAUACUUAUGUAUUUACCUUUUUUGCAGGUUGCCAAAACUAAUUUGCAGUUAGCCCCAUGUAUACAUUGCGAGUGAACUAGGGUGGGGGUACAUACGCAAAAUUCUGGCGAUUUUCGAAGAGUAAAAACCGUCUUAUUCUUAUUCAAGGCCGUGAGAGUGGUACAACUAGGGGUAAAGGUGGAUCUAUGCAUAUGUAUGGUCAUGAGUUCUAUGGUGGGAAUGGUAUUGUUGGAGCACAG